CAAACUCUCAGAUCUGAUCCUCCAACGAACCAACUUCGAUUCACUCCCAUCUUCACCAUGUACGGUCGAGAUCCCUGGGGAGGUCCGCUCGAGAUCCACGCCACCGAUUCCGCCACCGACGACGAUCGUAGCCGCAAUUUGAACGAUGUCGACCGUGCCGCUCUCUCCAGGCCACUCGACGAGACGCAGCAGAGCUGGCUUCUCGGUCCCACUGAGCAGAAGAAGAAGAGGUACGUCGAUCUCGGUUGUAUAAUCGUCAGCCGCAAGAUCUUCGUCUGGACUGUCGGCACUAUCGUCGCCGCAGCUCUACUCGCGGGAUUCAUCACCUUGAUCGUCAAAACCGUGCCACGUCACCACCACAAGAAUCCGCCCCCGGAUAACUACACCAUGGCUCUUCACAAAGCCCUCAAGUUCUUCAACGCUCAGAAAUCUGGGAGAUUGCCGAGGCAUAAUAAUGUGUCGUGGAGAGGCAACUCUGGUCUUCAAGAUGGGAAAGGUGACACCGGGAGCUUCUAUAAAGAUUUGGUUGGAGGCUAUUACGAUGCUGGAGAUGCAAUCAAAUUCAACUUCCCCAUGGCUUACGCUAUGACCAUGUUGAGCUGGAGUGUGAUUGAGUACAGUGCUAAGUAUGAAGCUGCAGGAGAGCUUGUCCAUGUUAAGGAGCUCAUUAAAUGGGGAACUGAUUACUUUCUCAAGACCUUUAAUAGCACUGCUGAUUCCAUCAAUGAUCUGGUCUCACAGGUUGGAUCUGGAAAUACUGACGAUGGAAGUACGGAUCCUAAUGACCAUUACUGCUGGAUGAGGCCUGAGGACAUGGACUAUAAAAGGCCUGUGACUACCUGUAAUGGUGGAUGCUCGGAUCUCGCUGCGGAGAUGGCGGCUGCUCUGGCUUCUGCUUCCAUUGUCUUCAAGGACAACAAGGAUUAUUCUAAGAAGCUUGUACAUGGUGCUAAGACGGUGUAUCAGUUUGGAAGGACCAGGAGAGGCAGAUACAGUGCAGGCACUGCGGAAUCAGCCAAGUUCUACAACUCAAGCAUGUAUUGGGAUGAGUUUAUUUGGGGCGGUGCUUGGUUGUACUACGCUACAGGAAACGUGACUUAUCUCGAUCUGAUCACAAAACCAACUAUGGCGAAGCAUGCUGGUGCAUUCUGGGGUGGCCCGUACUAUGGUGUGUUUAGCUGGGACAACAAGCUUGCUGGUGCUCAGUUACUGCUGAGCCGGUUGAGGCUGUUUUUGAGUCCUGGAUAUCCAUAUGAAGAAAUUCUCAGAACCUUCCAUAAUCAGACCAGCAUAGUCAUGUGCUCAUACCUGCCUUAUUUCAACAAAUUUAACAGAACCAGUGGAGGUUUGAUAGAGUUAAAUCAUGGAGACCCACAGCCUCUGCAGUAUGCUGCAAAUGCAGCCUUCUUAGCGACAUUGUACAGUGACUAUCUUGAUGCUGCUGAUACUCCUGGAUGGUACUGUGGACCUAAUUUCUAUUCAACCAAUGUCCUACGAGAGUUUGCGAGGACUCAGAUUGAUUAUAUACUCGGUAAAAACCCUCGGAAAAUGAGUUAUCUGGUGGGUUUUGGCACAAAAUACCCGAAACGCGUGCAUCAUCGAGGAGCUUCGAUUCCCAAGAACAAAGUCAAAUAUAACUGCAAAGGAGGAUGGAAAUGGAGAGACAGCAAGAAACCAAACCCAAACACCAUUGAAGGAGCCAUGGUUGCUGGUCCUGACAAACGUGAUGGGUUCCGCGAUGUCCGGACCAACUACAACUACACUGAACCAACUCUUGCAGGAAAUGCUGGUCUGGUCGCAGCUCUCGUGGCAUUGUCUGGUGAAGAAGAGGCAACUGGUACUAUAGACAAAAAUACUAUCUUCUCAGCCGUUCCUCCGUUGUUCCCUACUCCACCUCCCCCACCAGCACCAUGGAAACCUUAAUAAGAAAGCUAAAACCUGUGUGAUUAUGUCCCUGCUGCCAGAAAAUGAAAGAGGUAGAGACCAGAAGAUUAGAUGUGGUGCCUUGUGUGAUACGCACAAGUCAACCAUAAUCAGCUAAGCAUUUCAUGUGGCUUUUACUAGAUACGAACCCAAUCUGGGUAGGCUUACACGAGCAAUUUUUAAAUUUUCUUUUUCGGGGUUGUUCUUUUGAGAUAUACAUAUAUGUAUGCAUUUUACUCUGUAUAUGUUCGAUUCCAACUUGUAUUCGUUGAUUUUAAACUAUGUUUUUAGUGGGAUGUCAAAAAAAACUAUGUUUUUUAGUGGGAGUGUGAUAAAAAAGGAAUUAUGAGGAA